GAAUGGACGCUCCAUCAUAACCCAUUCAUAAAUAAGCCGUCGGGCAGGCGUCGGGCAGCCGUGCUGCCGCUCACAGACAGAUGUGCACGGUGACUGCGGAGGCAUGGGAGGAAGAUGAGAAGAGUGACUUUCGAGCAGCAUCCUCUGUCUCUGAUGACUUGAUAUCUACACCAGGAAGCUGAGAUCACGCCGUUUGUUAACACACGAAACUGCGCGGAUUCGCACUUUUCUCGGGUUGAGGGAAGGGUGGAAGAGGGUGGGAGAGAGAUAGUGUUAUCGUGUGUCAUAGCAGUGGACUUUAAAAAUAAUCCGUAUCUUCACGCAGUAUGUCACAACAUUUCCUCUGCUGCGAUCUGUGCUGUCCAGCGGAACACGGGACUAAAGCGAAGGACUUCUGAAUCAUGGCAGCAAAAGAGGAUCUUCAGAGCAAAGCGACUCCGCGGAGGCUCAGGCACAGCCGGCCGGGCACUGUUAAACAGGGACCUAAUCUGGACGUGCUUCUCUCAAUGGGUUUCCCCAAAACCAAGGCACUGAAAGCACUGGUGUCGACAGGAGGAAGGAGUGUGCAAGCAGCUUGUGACUGGCUCUUCUCCCAUGUUGAUGACCCCUUCCUCAACGAGCCCCUUCCCCGGGAGUUUGUGUUGUACCUGCGUCCCAGCGGACCGCUGCUACAGCAGCUCUCGCACUUCUGGCAGCAGUCACGCCUCAUCUGUGGGAAGAACAAGGCCCAUAACAUCUUCCCCCACAUCACACUCUGUCAGUUCUUCAUGUGUGCAGAUAGCAAGGUGGAGGCCCUCUGUGAAGCUCUGGAGUCCGUGGUGAGUCAGUGGAGAGGUCGCUUCCCCAGCCCGCUGCCCCUGGAGCUCUACACCUCCUCCAGCUUCAUCGGCCUCUUUGUGGAGGAGCAGGUCGCAGAGCUUCUCAAGAAGUUUGCUGCUGACUUUGCCACGGAAGCUGCUGCACAAGCAGAUGUCCAUGUAGAACCCCAUAAGAAACAGCUCCAUGUCACCUUGGCCUACCAGUUCCAGACCAAUCACCUCUCUUCACUGGAGAAGCUGGCCAAAGGAAUCGAAGUAUCACUUGGCUGUGACUGGCUUGCUGUUCUCUUCUCCCGAGAUAUUCGAUUUGCCAACCAUGAGACCCUACGGGUUAUGUACCCCUACGUGCCUCAGAAUGAAGAUGAACUGGAGCUGGUGCCUGGUGAUUACAUCUUCGUGCUGCCUGUAGAGCAAGGCAGCACCAGUGAGGGCUGGAUCUAUGGCACCUCCCUCGGCACCGGCCUGUCUGGCCUGUUGCCUGAGAACUACGUGGACCAGGCUGACGAGUCAGACACCUGGGUCUUCCACGGGUCUCACUCCUUUCUCAGCUGUAAUCCCCCAGCAGGCAUGGCGGCUCUGGUCAACAAAGCUUCAGAUGGGCUGCUGGACGGCCCGUUCAUCGGCGACUCCAGUGCCAUGGGCCAGGCCCCCCUCGGCAUCGUCUGCCAGCCCAUGCAGGUACUGCGGGUCUUCGGCCAGACCAAACCGCCCAAGAGGACUCUGUUCGUCUGUCGCCACGGUGAGCGGAUGGACGUGGUGUUUGGGAAACACUGGCUCUCCCAGUGCCUGGAUGCCAAAGGGCGCUAUGUGCGCACAAACCUGAACAUGCCCCUGAGCCUUCUGGCACGCAGUGGAGGGUAUCGUGAUUAUGAGAAGGAUGCGCCCCUCACCGUGUUUGGGUCUACCCAGGCCCGGCUUGUGGGGGAGGCUUUAUUAGAGAACAACACUACAGUUGACUUUGUGUACUGCUCACCGUCCCUGCGAUGCGUGCAGACAGCCCACAACAUACUCAAAGGUCUGCAGCAGGAAGACAGAAGGAGGAUUCGAAUUGAGCCGGGGCUCUUUGAGUGGACGAAAUGGGUGUCCGGACCCUCACUGCCUGCCUGGAUCCCUCCGACAGACCUGUCUGCAGCCGGCCUGAGUGUAGACACGACGUACAGACCUCAUAUUCCUGUUAGCAAGUUGACUGUGUCUGAAUUGUACGACACCUACAUCAGCCGGAGCUUCCAGGUGACAGAGGACAUCCUUGCAGACUGCCUGAACAUGGGAAACACCGUCCUAAUUGUGGCACACGCUUCUUCCCUUGAGGCCUGCACUCGACAGAUCCAGGGUCUUAGUCCGCAAAACGCUAAGGACUUCGUGCAAGUGGUGCGAAAGAUCCCCUACCUGGGCUUCUGUGCCUGUGAGGAGGGGGACGCCAGGCUCUGGCGGCUGGUGGAGCCCCCCGUCCUGCCGCUCACGCAUGGACCCAACCAUAGCUUCAGCUGGAGGGAGACCCUGCUGCAGGACUGAGGCAGCUAGUCUGUCCAAAUCUCCACCCCAGAACUCUGCCGUGGAAUCUCGUCUCUUCGGUACAGAUGUGUUCUUCAGGGAGGUGGCAAGAGUCAACUUUGACUCUUGCUCCAGGCUUGGGCCCAGAGAUAGCGCCCCGUCGCAGCUCAGAGUCCAGCUGCAUUGCAGGAAACAUUUUGUGGGAGAGUCCAGUAAUGGAUUUCACGCCUUAUUUAAAGAAUUCCUAGAUGCGCCUCUACUCCCACAAGCUACAUUUGUAGUCCUAAUGACCCUACACAUAUAUAGGCAUAUAUAUUUAUAUACUUGACAGACUAAUGUGACAGAGGUGUACAUAUUUUACAGUCAUUGAUUCAGGGGCAGUGGUUGGUUGUUGGUCUUCAAGGCGUGUGCUUUGGACUGAGCCAUGUCGCAGCUGGCACAAAUGGUUUAUAGCUAAGAGAAGGUUCACUACAUUGACAUACAAGGUCACAGCUGCCGCUUUGACCUGGUCCAAAGUGAGUCAUUCAUGACGUCUUAAUGAGCCACCACCACCAGUUAUUCAUGUACUCACCACUGCUCAGCGAGUGUUGGGGGGGCAUAAGCAUACUUCUUGUCCUGCUUGUGCUGUUCCAGCAGGCUAAAUGUUAUUUAACCAAUGUGUUCCUCAAACGGCUAAUGCAGCCUUGGCCAACAGGAAAUGCUGACAUAAUGGUAAUUGCCCUUUAGGAAUUUUCUCUUAGUGGAAACAAAAUUUUCUUUCCCUAGGUAUAUUGCAACCCACUGAUUCAACCUGAGAAACACCUUUUGUCCUUGUCGUGAAAAGCUACAUCAUUAUAUUCUGCUGCUAUACAUCUUUCAUUAAGUUUAACAGUGUAUUCAAAGGCACAAAGUAAAGAUUUCAUUGGGUUUUGGAGUUUAUAAGCAUGGCCUCAUACUCAAUAUGUGAACUCCUUGCAUACUCUUGAAUAUUGUGUCUAUGCCCUUUCAAACCGCAGUGUAAAAAAUGCAGUUCAGUGACAUAAUGGGCACAAUGAAAAAUGAGUAUUUGCAGGGGAAGACUACACCACAUUCCCCUCACAUUAAAUCUCAGGGUCUGAUAGAAUGAAUCUCAUCUUUAGCAGAGUUGAACUGUAACAAGGAACUCUGAUGUUUUUUGCACAAAGGAUAACUUAAUACAUUAGGCGAUUAACAAUUUAAAAUGCACAUGUACAGGUAUAUCAUUUCUAUAAAGUAACAGAAAUUGUGACACCUUGAAAAUUUUCUUUGGAUUAAUUUUUAGGCCAGUUCACAAAUCACUUUUACUCUCUCCCCGUAAAUGGAUUUUUAAUCUUUCAUGUUUAGGCUAUUUUAUUGACAUUGAAAUCAGGAGAAUGUGAGUAUUAUGUUCAGUUUUUUUCUGAAUUUGUCUGUAUUUUACCAUGAAGAUAAGUUUGAAUUUUUAUUUUUUCCGUUCAUUAUUUGACCAUGAGAACCAUUUAUUGCUUUAUUAACGUAAGUGAUGGACUUUACAGUGCAGUUUUUAUCUUAAGCUUCAGGGAUUUAAUUUUAUAUAGCCAAAUCACUGGUGAUGCAUUGCUGUAUCUGGAAAAGAGUGUCAGAUUAAUUAAUUAUCUGGUCUAAUUAAACGUCUCAAAAUCAAAGUCACAGCUUAUUUGAUACUGGUUUUUGUCUGUCCUCAUAUGUAAUGUCUGAGAGUUUUGCUGAUUUUUUUUUUAUAUAUUUGAUGCUUUAAUUUUGCCCAUGGUUUCAGCUUCAUAUGUAUAAAAAAGUGUCAUCAACCUUCCACAAAAUUUCAGGCACACAAAAUCAUUUGAGAUAAUGUACUGAGAUUUGAUCUUUGCUCACUUUCUCUCAGAUCUGGCAUUUACUUUCUAUGCUUUUGCCCAAUUACAAUACUAAUAUCAAUACUAAUAUUUUCAGCAAAAUUUGUGCAGACAUUAAAUCCCUCAGGUUAUAGUGCAUGCAUAUGACACAUAAUUCACAUGCCAUAUAAAAUGACAUUAAUAAAGUUCAUGUACUUCUUAAAAUAUGAUGAAUGCUAGAGAUAUUCAUUUAUUGUUAGUGUGUUGUUAAUGUAUUAUAAUACACAGUCUGUAAUUAAGUGUUUUAUGUUUUAAAAACAUUAAGUUCGACUUUGCUCAUGGAACUUCAAAGGAAGUCAAAAUUUGUGACCAAAGUUAAUUUUUGUUCUGUUUGUACCAGCCAACCUUCUUUUUGUCAUCUAAAUAUUUGUUUCUGAACUGUUGGAAUUAUUGUUUGUGUAAUAUUGUUUUUAUUAAAUAAAUUAAAAGUAAAGAAAUUAGAGAAUGAAUAGGAGAAAGAAAUUAUUGAAGAAAGCCUGGUGCUUUACUGUCCUAAAUGGCCGUUCAUGCAUUUGAGAGUGGAUGGACUAUAGUGGUCAAUAAAAAAUACAACCUGUUUUCUGUAAGCAAGCUCCAAAUACUUGAAGAUACAAAACUUCUUUCUAUUUCAUUAUUUUUAUGCAUAGACAGAUGUGGCUGUGUUGAGCUCAUGUGUCAUAUUUUGAUGCACAUGAUUGUCACAAUAUUUGAUUCUUUAACUCACUGCUUCAGAAAUAUAUAAAUCAUGUUUGCAAAUAAAUGUUUUAUUAGCUGUU